CACUGAUACACAUUACCUCAUUGAUUUGUCAUAUUUUAGAGUAAAAAUAAUUAAUUGACAAUCAAUCGACUUUAUACAUUUCUGAGAUUUCUGAGUCAUGUAUAUUCAAUUAACAAAAAUACAAAUACUGCUUUUUUGUGCGAUCUUGGCUGGCAUCCCCAUGGUGCUUCUUUACAUGAAAGAUCCAGUUUGGCCCACAAAGGCCUCCAUUCAGUUGCAUGAAGUUUUAAGAAGUUCGGAAGGAAAUACUACAGAGCUAACAUGGCAAGAAUACGAGGUUUUAUACAAAACAUUUGUUCCUAAAACGACAUACAAUUGUAAAGAGAUCGAAGAAGUUGGUAGCACGAUACAAAGAAGACAGCAAAAAGAAGGUAUCCAUUCUACGUGUAUGGACAACGUAUAUAAACCGAAGGUGCCGUGCAUCGUCUACGCAUUUGGUGUGGGGUAUAUAUGGCACUUUGAGGAUGACUUUGCUAAACGCGGAUGCCAGGUGUUCGCAUUUGACCCCAGUAUGAAAACUGAGAGCCACAAGCGUAGAGAAAACCUUUGGUUCUAUAACAUUGGGCUCGAUGGUGUUGACUCUGACAACUUUACUCCACGUGUUGAUUACUACGUACGAAAGUCUAAGAUUUUUACCUGGAAAGUGCGAACGUUAAAGUCAAUCAUGAAAAUGCUAGGACACACGAAUAAAACGAUCGAUGUCCUCAAGAUGGACAUAGAGGGUUACGAAUUUGACGCCCUCUCGACAAUGAUGGACGAUGGUACAAUAGAGCAUGUGCGCCAGUUGAUAGUCUCCAAGGAGUUAAUGAAUGUAUAUGUCCUAUGUAAAACCUAUACAAAUAAACUGACCCAUAUUGAAUUACAGCCCAGGAUAUAA